AUGUUGCAGGGCCAAGGCCAUCCACGCAAGAUGGACAAGUCCACCAUACUGCAGAGAACUAUCGACUUCCUGCAGAAACAGAAAGGUAGGAAUGUGUAACGUAGUCGGCUGCGUCAGUCAUCACGUUGAUGUUGGCCUCCUGCUGACCUGUCGUAUGUGUGUGUGUGCGUGUGGCACGUGCGUCCUGCCCUACAUGCAGAACAUCACUGCUCCCAGAAAGGUCGGGAUGAGAAGGAAGGAACUAGGAGGGUGGAGGACAUUAGCUGUCUAGUACUUGUUGGACAGGACAGAGAGAAAAGAGAGGACUACUCCACUUCCCUACCAAGCUUGGCCCAGACAGACAGAACCUCAACUCAGUCUCCUGUCAGAAUCAACGUCACAGCUGUCAGUGUUUACGAGAUAAACAUUCCUGAUAUGGGAUAUUUCUUAACCUCUCUUUCUCUUCUGUUAUGUGUCUCCUGUUUUUUCAGAGACAGCUUGACCACUCGGGUCUAUUCAGAGAUAUUCAUCAGGAUCCUUCCACUACUAACCUAUUUGGCAGCGAUUGCCACGGGAUGUGGAUGUGUAGUGCUAACAUAUCUAUCUAACCCCUCUUCCUGGCCUUUCACUGUCUCCUCUGUUUCAGAAAUUACAGCACAGACAGAGUCGUGUGAGAUCCGGCAGGACUGGAAGCCUUCGUUCCUCAGUAAUGAGGAGUUCACCCAGUUGAUGCUGGAGGUAAAAAUCAGCUCAGCUCCACGUUUAUCUCCUCUGAUAUGAAAUAAAGUCAAAUGAUAUCCUUCACUACUACUGGUGAUAGACCAUGUCAACUGCGUUUAUUUUCAGCAAACAUGUGUAAAUAUUUGAACAUAACAAGAUUCAUCAACUGAGACAUAAACUGAACAAGUUCCACAGACAUGUGACUAACAUAAAUUUAAUAAUGUGUCCCUGAACAAAGGGGGGGGGGGUCAAAAUCAAAAGUAACAGUCAGUAUCUGGUGUGGCCACCAGCAAGUAUUGCAGUGCAUCUCCUCCUCAUGGACUGCACCAGAUUUGCCAGUUCUUGCUGUGAGAUGUUACCCCACUCUUCCACCAAGGCACCUGCAAGUUCCCUGACAUUUCUGGGGGGAAUGGCCCUAGCCCUCACCCUCCGAUCCAACAGGUCCCAGACGUGCUCAAUGGGAUUGAGAUCCGGGCUCUUCGCUGGCCAUGGCAGAACACUGACAUUCCUGUCUUGCAGGAAAUCACGCACAGAACGAGCAGUAUGGCUGGUGGCAUUGUCAUGCUGGAGAGUCAUGUCAGGAUGAGCCUGCAGGAAGGGUACCACAUGAGGGAGGAGGAUGUCUUCCCUUUAACGCACAGCGUUGAGAUUGCCUGCAAUGACAACAAGCUCAGUCCGAUGAUGCUGUGACACACCACCCCAGACCGUGACGGACCCUCGACCUCCAAAUCGAUCCCGCUCCAGAGUACAGGCCUCGGUGUAACGCUCAUUCCUCCGACGAUAAACGCGAAUCCGACCAUCACCCCUGGGUGAGACAAAACCGCGACUCGUCAGUGAAGAGCACUUUUUGCCAGUCCUGUCUGGUCCAGCGACGGUGGGUUUGUAUCCAUAGGCAACGUUGUUGCCGGUGAUGUCUGGUGAGGACAUGCCUUACAACAGGCCUACAAGCCCUCAGUCCAGCCUCUCUCAGCCUAUUGCGGACAGUCUGAACACUGAUGGAGGGAUUGUGCGUUCCUGGUGUAACUCAGGCAGUUGUUGUUGCCAUCCUGUACCUGUCCUGCAGGUGGGAUGUUCGGAUGUACCGAUCCUGUGUUGUUACACGUGGUCUGCCACUGCGAGGACGAUCAGCUGUCCGUCCUGUCUCCCUGUAGCGCUGUCUUAGGAGUCUCACAGUACGGACAUUGCAAUUUAUUGCCCUUGCCACAUCUGCAGUCCUCAUGCCUCCUUGCAGCAUGCCUAAGGCACGUUCACGCAUAUGAGCAGGGACCCUGGGCAUCUUUCUUUUGGUGUUUUUCAGAGUCAGUAGAAAGACCUCUUUAGUGUCCUAAGUUUUCAUAAAUGUGACCUUAAUUGCCUACCGUCUGUAAGCUGUUAGUGUCUUAACGACCGUUCCACAGGUGCAUGUUCAUUAAUUGUUUAUGGUUCAUUGAACAAGCAUGGGAAACAGUGUUUAAACCCUUUACAAAGAAGAUCUGUGAAGUUAUUUGGUUUUUUACAAAUUAUCUUUGAAAGACAGGGUCCUGAAAAAGGGACGUUUCUUUUUUUUGCUGAGUUUAGAAUAUGCUUUGUAAAUGAAGGAAUACUGUACUUUGACAUCCUAAUGAACCUCUGUAGGCCAGCACCAGCAGUACCCAUGAUGCACCUCUGAAACAAAUAUAACACACAAUAAUUAUAGUAGCCGGCAUAAUAAUAAUGACUUUGUUUCCUUCCACAGGCUUUAGACGGUUUCCUCAUAGCACUAACUACAGAUGGAAACAUUAUAUAUGUGUCCGACAGUGCGUCUUCACUCAUUGGCCAUUUACCGGUAAGUGAGAGCCACGCUGAUCUAGCUCAUAAUUGCAUUAUGUUUGAUUCUUUUUAACUUAAUAUUCAUGUAUAUACUUAUGAUCUCAAUACACUCGUUCAAAUCAAUGUAUGCUUUAUUGCAAUUUGGACACUGACACUACAGUAUGGUAUGUAUAGUUGAAGUCUACAUACACCUUAGCCAAAUAUGUUUAAACUCAGUUUUUCCACAAUUCCUGACAUUUAAUCCUAGUAAAAAUUCAGUUUUAGGUCAGUUAGGAUCACCACUUUAUUUUAAGAACGUGAAAUGUCAGAAUAAUAGUAGAGAGAAUGAUUUAUUUCAUCACAUUCCCAGUGGGUCAGACGUUUACAUACACUCAAUUUGUAUUUGUUAGCAUUGCCUUUAAAUUGUUUAACUUGGGUCAAACGGUUCGGGUAGCCUUCCACAAGCUUCCCACAAUAAGUUGGGUGAAUUUUGGCCCAUUCCUCCUGACAGAGCUGGUGUAACUGAGUCAGCUUUUUAGGCCUCCUUGCUCGCACACGCUUUUUUAGUUCUGCCCACAAAUGUUCUAUAUGAUUGAGGUCAGGGCUUUGUGAUGGCCACUCCAAUACCUUGACUUUGUUGUCCUUAAGCCAUUUUGCCACAACUUUGGAAGUAUGCUUGGGGUCAUUGUCAAUUUGGAAGACCCAUUUGCGACCAAGCUUUAACUUCCUGACUGAUGUCUUGAGAUGUUGCUUCAAUAUAUCCACAUAAUUUUCCUUCCUCAUGAUGCCAUCUAUUUUGUGAAGUGCACCAGUCCCUCCUGCAGCAAAGCACCCCCACAGCAUGAUGCUGCCACCCCCGGUGCUUCACGGUUGGGAUGGUGUUCUUCGGCUUGCAAGCAACCCCCUUUUUCCUCCAAACAUAACGAUGGUCAUUAUGGCCAAACAGUUCUAUUUUUGUUUCAUGUCGAUAUAGGACUCGUUUUACUGUGGAUAUAGAUACUUUUGUACCUUUUUCCUCCAGCAUCUUCACAAGGUCAUUUGCUGUUGUUCUGGGAUUGAUUUGCACUUUUCGCACCAAAGUACGUUAAUCUCUAGGAGACAGAACGCGUCUCCUUCCUGAGCGGUAUGACGGCUGCGUGGUGCGUGGUCCCAUGGUGUUUAUACUUGCGUACUAUUGUUUGUACAGAUGAACGUGGUACCUUCAGGCGUUUGGAAAUUGCUCCCAAGGAUGAACCAGACUUGUGGAGGUCUACAAUUUUUUUUCAGAGGUCUUGACUGAUUUCUUUUGAUUUUCCAAUGAUGUCAAGCAAAGAGGCACUGAGUUUGAAGGUAGGCCUUGAGAUACAUCCACAGGUACACCUCCAAUCGACUCAAAUGAUGUCAAUUAGCCUAUCAGAAGCUUCUAAAGCCAUGACAUAAUUUUCUGGAAUUUUCCAAACUGCUUAAAGGCACAGUCAACUUAGUGUAUGUAAACUUCUGACCCACUGGAAUUGUGAUACAGUGAAUUAUAAGUGUAAUAAUCUGUCUGUAAACAAUUGUUGGAAAAAUUACUUUUGUCAUGCACAAAGUAGAUAACCUAACCAACUUGCCAAAACUAUAGUUUGUUAACAAGAAAUUUGUGGAGUGGUUGAAAAACAAGUUUUAAUGACUCCAACCUAAGUGUAUGUAAACUUCCGACUUCAACUGUACCUGUAUUUAUAUAUGUUAGCCAGAAAGAGCCAUUCUUCUGCAAAACUGGUGAAAAAAUCUAAAUAAUUGCAAAAGAGGGCCAUCGCAUAAGAUAUGAAUAGUCAAGGACUUGGAAUUAUAAGGUUCUAUCUGCAAAAUGUAUAGUUAUGGAGUAUUAUUCAAGUCCCAGUUUUGUGAUGUCUUCCUCUUUCAUGACUCAAUAAGUACAUCACCUUACAUGCCUACAAUAUGAAGAUUCACAAUGCAAUACCAUACAUUAUAAAAUGACUGUGAUAUAGGACAUGUUCAUGGACAAUGAUGGACCAUAGACACUGACCUUUUAUCCUUUUGUAUCAGUCAGAUAUGGUGGACCAAAAUAUCUUGAACUUCCUCCCUGAGCGUGAGCAUGGGGAGGUCUAUAAGCUGCUAUCAUCCCACAUGCUGAUGACUGACCCCAUCUCUGCUGACUUCCUGGACAGUGAGUAUUUGUUCCUCCUUUUCACUGUCUCAGUACCACCCUUCUCAGUCCAUCAGUACUGGGUCUACCUCCAGCCCUGUCUCCACCAGGAAUGCUCAGUUUAGGAGAUGGCUGUGUAUUUUACAAUAGUGUUGUUUGAUGAGAAGUUUGCAAUGUUCUUGCCUGUCUCAGAGUGUCUUGGACUCGUGGUGAUGAGAAGUAAUCUGUGAUGUCUAAUCAGAGAGUCCAUCACCAUAUUAAUUAGCUUUUGUAUAAAUAUUAUGGGUGACAUUUAACAAACAUUUACGCUAUAAUUAUGUUGUUGUUCAUCCACAGGUCUAAACUAGGGUAGCUGAAUAAAAAUGUGUACUGUUUUGUUUUUCUUAUUGGCACUAUGUUACAGAACAAUUAUUCAAGUCGGAUAUAUCACUUAUUUCAUUAACGAUAUCCCCAUGUCAUGAAUUAUACAUCAAAGCAUGCAGUAGCCGAGCAGUCAUGCCAAAGCCUCCAACACAAGCAGCGAUUUUAUUCCAGCAGUGGGGAUAAUUCUGUUUGACACGGUGUUAAGUCUCUCCUGUAGGCAUCCAUCCAGUUCUAUUGUAUUUACAUGACUAUUGCUACUGAGCUUUAGGAGUUCAAGCUGUACUGUACUGUUCGUCUGCUGAUCAUUACAGUACAGUACUGUGUUUUAGGGACCACCUGCUGUAGACGUCUGACUGACGAUAUUUUCACACGAUUCUACAUGUAAAAUCGGUGUGCACUCGGUAUAGCAAAUUACGGCCGGCACGCUGUUCAGAGGUGCUAAGUAUUCUCGGCUAGAAAACGCUAAUGGUGUGUUUGAGACCUUAAAUAUAGAGCAGGUUGCUGUUUAUUGGAUUUCUGGACAGUGUGGUCCUAUGAUGAGUUCUUUAGCUAAUAAUAGUAGCUAGCCUAGCAGCGUGGUUAGGAGUUUUAAUCACUGUUAUGGUAGCUUCAGUAAUCCACAGGAGUGCUGCCUGUAUCUAGGGCUCUAGACACUGACCUCAAUCCCAUGCUACAAUUGUGCCCUUCUGAGAAAGAGACUGGUGUGGAAUCGUCUAGGUUCUAUGUUUAGAACUACAGGAAUACAAAGCAUAGACUGUAUUCCUGUACCUACUGUGUCUGGAAUAAUCAUCAUCUCCUAGCCUCAUUCACAACAGGCAAUUCCUGCAUUUAUCUUUCAUCUCCUUUCUUUCAUGUAAAACAAUACUGCUUCUCACGCUUAACACACAGAAUGCUUAGGAAGUCUGCAAUUUUCUUUUGGUUAAUGUGCUGCUGUUAUUCUGUUGACGAUUGCAUUUGGUAAUGUGUGUUGCUCUGAGUUGAGUGAUCAUCACUAUUACAUACAUUAUGUGCACUGCACUCCCACCUGAGGAUAAAGGAGCUCUCGGGUACUUCUAGCUACUCUUAGAUAAGUGAACUCAGAUCCGUGAGUCGGAGCUUACAGUACCACAGAGGAAGCAUUUGAGUUUAAUUUGAAUCCAGGUAGAUAUGUAACAAUGGAGGGAUGAUAUAAGUCUUGGUUUGAUAAGGAAUGUUUUCUCUCUCUCUCUCUCUCUCUCUCUCUCUCUCUCUCUCUCUCUCUCUCUCUCUCUCUCUCUCUAUUUAAGGGGUUUUAUUGGCAUGGGAAACAUAUGUUUACAUUGCCAAAGCAAGUGAAAUAGAUAAUAAACAAAAGUGAAAUAAAAAAUGUACAGUAAACAUUACACUCACAAAAGUUUCAAAAGAAUUAAGACAUUUGAAGUGUCAUUAUGUCUAUAUACAGUGUUGUAAUGAUGUGCAAAUAGUUGAAGUACAGCUCUCUCUCUCUCAUCUCAUCAGUUUGAAUGGCACAGGGCCACUGGUAUUUUCAGCCUCCUGACAAUGCUUUAUUUUCAGUCUAAUGAAGAGCAACACAUUGGGUUUGGAGGCUUAAUAAAACAUUUAUACAGUGAAUCUCCUCAGUGUGUACAGUACAUCUGAGCUAGUGCUCUGACAUGACACACUAAUUCAGUGGAGGCAUUCUCUUGACCCAAGGUAACCCGUGUAAAGAGGAACCAUGGACUCACUAGAAAAUGACAUGACUGUGGUCAGACAUUCUGUGUGACUGUGACUUUGUGUCUGGAUGAGGAGUAUUUGGAACAGCUCAGUUUGUGAGAGAGUGUCGAUGGCACAGUGACAUACAUACUCCCCCUCAUCCUCUCCCCCGCUGGUCUCGUUCCCCUGCCAAGUAAAACCUCAGCUGUAGGAACAACACUGCUGAGCCGUCCCAUGACAACUGAGACAAACGAUGUUGGGUUGAAUGCCAUUCACUGGGAGCGGUGUGAUUUCCAGCCAUGAGAGAAAGGCCAAAAUGUCUGACCUGUCAGCGGUUGUGAGGAGCAGAAGUUGUAAUGGCAAAAUAAUGAUUGUCAUCAUUAUUUUCCCUGAGAUUCACCAGCUCUGUCAGGGUUUCAUCCAAGGCUCUCACAUAAAAUGUUAAACUAUUUAGAAACAGAGUUUAUCAUGUUGCACCAUGAAGACUACAAGAUGAUAUACACUACAUGACCAAAAGUAUGUGGACACCUGCUCGUCGAACAUCUCAUUCCAAAAUCGUGGGCAUUAAUAUGGAGUUGGUCCCACCUUUGCUGCUAUAACAGCCUCCACUCUUCUGGGAAGGCUUUCCACUAGAUGUUGGAACAUUUGCUACGGGGACUUGCUUCCAUUCAGUCAACAGGGGCAUUAUUGAGGUCGGGCACUGAUGUUGGGCGAUUAGGCCUGGCUCUGCAUUCCAAUUCAUCCCAAAGGUGUUCGAUGGGGUUGAGGUCAGGGCUCUGUGCAGGCCAGUCAAGUUCUUCCACACCAAUCUCGACAAACCAUUUCUGUAUGGACCUCGCUUUGUGCACGGGGGCAUUGUCAUGCUGCAACAGGAAAGGGCCUUCCCCAAACUGUUGUCACAAAGUUGGAAGCACAGAAUCGUCUAGAAUGUCAUUGUAUGCUGUAGCAUUAAGAUUUCUCUUCACUGGAACUAAGGGGCCUAGCCCCAACCAUGAAAAACAGCCCAUACCAUUAUUCCUCCUCCACCAAACUUUACAGUUGGCACUAUGCAUUGGGGCAGGUAGAGUUCUCCUGGCAUCCGCCAAACCCAGAUUCGUCCGCCAGAUGGUGAAGCAUGAUUCAUCACUCCAGAUAAUGCAUUUCCACUGCUCCAAAGUCCAAUGGCGGCGUGCUUUACACCAUUCCAGCCCAUGCUUGGCAGUGCGCAUGUUGAUCUUAGGCUAUAGAAGCUCCCGACGAACAGUUAUUGUGCUGACGUUGCUUCAAGAGGCAGUUUGGAACUUGGUAGUGAGUGUUGCAACCGAGGACAGAUGAUUUUUACGCGCUUCAGCACUUGGUGGUCCUGUUCUGUGAGCUUGGGGGCCUACCACUUUGCGGCUUAGCCGUUGUUGCUCCUAGUCGUUUCCACUUCACAAUAACAGCACUUACAGUUGACCGGGGCAGCUCUAGCAGAACAGAAAUUUGACUAACUGACUUGUUGGAAAGAUGGCGUCCUAUGACGGUGCCACGUUUAAAGUCACUAAGCUCUUCAGUAAGGCCAUUCUACUGCAAAUGUUUGUCUAUGGAGAUUGCAUGGCUGUGUCCUCGAUUUUAUACACCUGUCAGCAACGCGUGUAGCUGAAAUAGUUGAAUCCACUAAUUUGAAGGGGUGUCCACAUACCUUUGUAUAUACAGCUCUGGAAAAAAUUAAGAGACCACUGCAAAUCUUUCUUAAAUCAGCAUCUCUACAUGUAUGAUAGCCAUUCCAUUCCAGUGUCUGUUGAAUUCCAACACAGGCACACCUCAUUCUACUGCAUUAGGUACUGAUUAGGUGAUCACCUGAACCAAAUGUUAUUUAACGAGGAAAAGUAUAAAAACCACUGCUGUGGUCAUCACUAUCCUCUUGCAAUAGGACCAGCUGGAUGGCAAAAACAGUGCUAAUAGUACCUCAAAAGUAAUAUUAAUCAAAAAAUAACUAUUGACCAUGCCAAAAGAGUUGAAAAGGAAAGUUUUGAGUGAGGAAAAGAAGGGUUCAAUUCUGGCUUUACUGGCAGAGGGAUACAGUGAGCGUCAGGUUGCUUCCAUCCUUAAAAUUUCAAAGACGGCGGUUCAUAAGAACAAGGUCAAGCAGCAGACAUUGGGGACAACAAAGCUACAGACCGGCAGAGGGCGAAAACGACUCUCUACUGACAGGGAUGACCGCCAACUCAUUCGAAUUUCACUCAACAACCGUAGUAUGACAUCAAGUGACCUACAAAAAGAAUGGCAAACGGCAGUUGGGGUGAAGUGCACGGCGAGGACGGUUCGAAACAGGCUCCUAGGGGCAGGGCUGAAGUUGUGCAAAGCUAGAAAAAAGCCCUUCAUCAAUGAGAAGCAAAGAAGAGCCAGGCUGAGGUUUGCAAAAGACCAUAAAGAUUGGACCGUAGAGGACUGGAGUAAGGUAAUCUUCUCUGAUGAGUCCAAUUUUCAGCUUUGCCCAACACCUGGUUGUCUAAUGGUUAGACGGAGACCUGGAGAGGCCUACAAGCCACAGUGUCUUGCACCCACUGUGAAAUUUGUUGGAGGAUCGGUGAUGAUCUGGGGGUGCUUCAGCAAGGCUGGAAUCGGGCAGAUUUGUCUUUGUGAAGGAUGCAUGAAUCAAGCCACGUACAAGGUUGUCCUGGAAGAAAACUUGCUUCCUUUUGCUCUGACAUUGUUCCCCAACUCUGAGGAUUGGUUUUUCCAGCAGGACAAUGCGCCAUGCCACACAGCCAGGUCAAUCAAGGUGUGGAUGAAGGACCACCAGAUCAAGACCCUGUCAUGGCCAGCCCAAUCUCCAGACCUGAACCCCAUUGAAAACUUCUGGAAUGUGAUCAAGAGGAAGAUGGAUGGUCACAAGCCAUCAAGCAAAGCCGAGCUGCUUGAAUUUUUGCGCCAGGAGUGGCAUAAAGUCACCCAACAUCAAUGUGAAAGACUGGUGGAGAGCAUGCCAAGACGCAUGAAAGCUGUGAUUGAAAAUCAGGGUUAUUCCACCAAAUAUUGAUUUCUGAACUCUUCCUAAGUUAAAACAUUAGUAUUGUGUUGUUUAAAAAUGAACAUGGACUUAUUUUCUUUGCAUUAUUCGAGGUCUGACAACACUGCAUCUUUUUUGUUAUUUUGACAAGUAAGUAAUUUUCUGCAAAUAAAUGCUCUAAAUGACAAUAUUUUUAUUUGGAAUUUGGGAGAAAUGUUGUCAGUAGUUUAUAGAAUAAAACAAAAAAUUUAAUUUCACCCAAACACAUACCUAUAAAUAGUAAAUCCAGAGAAACUGAUAAUUUUGCAGUGGUCUCUUAAUUUUUUCCAGAGCUGUAUAUAUAGUGUAUAUAAAAAAGGAAGAGCCGAUAGAGGAUGUGUAAGUACAACCUGGUAAUGGGUUAUUUGCUGUGGCAGUAAAUAUUUUCUCAAUGUAUUUUUCUUUAUGACGAGCAUUGUGUUUUGUUGAAGAAACUCCAGCUAACUCCCAUCUGCUCUUUUUUACAGGUAAGACACACAUUGAGUUCUGUUGUCAUUUAGCCAGAGGAAACAUCCACCCAAAGGAACCGCCUACAUAUGAGUAUGUGAAAUUUGUCGGAGAUUUCAAGUUUCAUAACAAUGGUGAGUGAUUGAUUAUCAUCUGUAUUUUAUGUGCCAUUUCAUCUUUAGCUACUGACUGAGCUCCAAAUUGAUAAAAAUACAGUUAACUAUCUAGUUAUAUUAAUAAGGCCAACUUCUGCAUUCAAUUGAGUUUGGAAUGAAGAUUUGUGCCAUAAACCAGAUGUUAUGUCAUGAAAACUUACUCAUGACAUAAAACAGGCAGACAAUCCAACAGGUUUUUAAACCGUUUCAGAACUGCAUAUCUCAUUUUGGAUCACUAUUCAAAUAUCAGGCUAAUUGACUGGAAAAUGAGACGUUUGAGGAAAUGUUUCCCUCUCCUAUGAAAUGACGCUCUGUACUGUUGGGUAUUUCCAUACUCUUUAAAGUGCGGGACUUCCAGUCGGUUUGAAUAGCAUAAUGCCAUAGUAAGGUCACCAGAAUGUGUGUUGAGAUGGAACGGUUAUGUAAAGUUAUUUGGCACUCGUAGAAUAACCCCACACAGCCAAUCAUAGAUUUAUUGUGUCUGAUUUGCCAUUACCCUCGACUCUUAGCUGGAGAUCACUACUCCAGUCCUCAGGGGCCACAGUCCUGCUGAUUUUUCCUUUCUCAAAUUAGUGUGUGAUUAAAGGGGCAAGUACAAAAUCCCCAGCACACACUGCUGUGGCCGGGAAACACAGUUGACUUUGUUUCACAGCGCCUACUUCCUCUUGUAACAGAUAUACAGUGGGAGAAAAAAGUAUUUAGUCAGCCACCAAUUGUGCAAGUUCUCCCACUUAAAAAGAUGAGAGAGGCCUGUAAUUUUCAUCAUAGGUACACGUCAACUAUGACAGACAAAUUUAGAUUUUUUUUCUCCAGAAAAUCACAUUGUAGGAUUUUUAAUGAAUUUAUUUGCAAAUUAUGGUGGAAAAUAAGUAUUUGGUCACCUACAAACAAGCAAGAUUUCUGGCUCUCACAGACCUGUAACUUCUUCUUUAAGAGGCUCCUCUGUCCUCCACUCGUUACCUGUAUUAAUGGCACCUGUUUGAACUUGUUAUCAGUAUAAAAGACACCUGUCCACAACCUCAAACAGUCACACUCCAAACUCCACUAUGGCCAAGACCAAAGAGCUGUCAAAGGACACCAGAAACAAAAUUGUAGACCUGCACCAGGCUGGGAAGACUGAAUCUGCAAUAGGUAAGCAGCUUGGUUUGAAGAAAUCAACUGUGGGAGCAAUUAUUAGGAAAUAGAAGACAUACAAGACCACUGAUAAUCUCCCUCGAUCUGGGGCUCCACGCAAGAUCUCACCCCGUGGGGUCAAAAUGAUCACAAGAACGGUGAGCAAAAAUCCCAGAACCACACGGGGGGACCUAGUGAAUGACCUGCAGAGAGCUGGGACCAAAGUAACAAAGCCUACCAUCAGUAACACACUACGCCGCCAGGGACUCAAAUCCUGCAGUGCCAGACGUGUCCCCCUGCUUAAGCCAGUACAUGUCCAGGCCUGUCUGAAGUUUGCUAGAGUGCAUUUGGAUGAUCCAGAAGAGGAUUGGGAGAAUGUCAUAUGAUCAGAUGAAACAAAAAAUAUAACUUUUUGGUAAAAACUCAACUCGUCGUGUUUGGAGGACAAAGAAUGCUGAGUUGCAUCCAAAGAACACCAUACCUACUGUGAAGCAUGGGGGUGGAAACAUCAUGCUUUGGGGCUGUUUCUCUGCAAAGGGACCAGGACGACUGAUCCGUGUAAAGGAAAGAAUGAAUGGGCCCAUGUAUCGUGAGAUUUUGAGUGAAAACCUCCUUCCAUCAGCAAGGGCAUUGAAGAUGAAACGUGGCUGGGUCUUUCAGCAUGACAAUGAUCCCAAACACACCGCCCGGGCAACGAAGGAGUGGCUUCGUAAGAAGCAUUUCAAGGUCCUGGAGUGGCCUAGCCAGUCUCCAGAUCUCAACCCCAUAGAAAAUCUUUGGAGGGAGUUGAAAGUCCGUGUUGCCCAGCGACAGCCCCAAAACAUCACUGCUCUAGAGGAGAUCUGCAUGGAGGAAUGGGCCAAAAUACCAGCAACAGUGUGUGAAAACCUUGUGAAGACUUACAGAAAACGUUUGACCUGUGUUAUUGCCAACAAAGGGUAUAUAACAAAGUAUUGAGAAACUUUUUUUAUUGACCAAAUACUUAUUUUCCACCAUAAUUUGCAAAUAAAUUCAUUAAAAAUCCUACAAUGUGAUUUUCUGGAGAAAAAAAAAGCUCAUUUUGUCUGUCAUAGUUGACGUGUACCUAUGAUGAAAAUUACAGGCCUCUCUCUUCUUUUUAAGUGGGAGAACUUGCACGAUUGGUGGCUGACUAAAUACUUUUUUCCCCCACUGUACCUGUGUGGGGUUGAUGAUAAUAUAUUAUAAUAUAAUAUAAUAAUAUGCCAUUUAGCAGACGCUUUUAUCCAAAGCGACUUACAGUCAUGUGUGCAUACAUUUUUACGUAUGGGUGGUCCCGGGGAUCGAACCCACUACCCUGGCGUUACAAGCGCCAUGCUCUACCAAUUGAGCUACAAUUAAUCACCCAUAGUGUCUAUAAUAUACUGUUGUAAUGCACCUAAUGGAUUGUAGUUGUUUAUUCAUAUUUGCUAUUCCUACAUCAUCCUCUGGUGAGGUAUUUAGAGUGACUGUUGUUUCUGUUGUUUCUGACUCACAGUGCCUACAUCCUCUUGUAACGGGUUUGAGUUGACAUUACCAAGAACCCUGCCGUCGUCGCUGGAAGAGCAGGUCUGCCUUGUUGCCACUGUACGAUUAGUCACUCCACAGUUUUUAAAGGUAAGAUCAUGUUUCUUUUGCUAAAUCUUUCCUGAUUCCAUUUGAGGACAUACAAAUGGUUUAUGUUUGUGGAUAUUACGUGUAAAGAACGGUGGAAAGGUGUUGAAGAGGGAGCAGAAAAUAGUACAUUUAGAAAAUCCUUGUAAGGCCUGUUUUAGAGGUUUUUGCAUUGUGAAUCUUCAUAUUGUAGGCAUAUAAGGUGAUUAUUAUUAUUAUUAUUAUUAUUAUUAUUAUUAUUAUUAUUAUUAUUAUAAGGUACUUAUUGAGUCAUGAAAGACAUCACAAAACUGGGACUUGAAUAAUACUCCAUAACUAUACAUUUUGCAGAUAGAACCUUAUAAUUCCAAGUCCUUGACUAUUCAUAUCUUAUGCGAUGGCCCUCUUUUGCAAUUAUUUAGAUUUUUUCACCAGUUUUGCAGAAGAAUGGCUCUUUCUGGCUAACAUAUAUAAAUACAGGUACAGUUGAAGUCGGAAGUUUACAUGCACUUAGGUUGGAGUCAUUAAAACUCGUUUUUCAACCACUCCACAAAUUUCUUGUUAACAAACUAUAGUUUUGGCAAGUCGGUUAGGACAUCUACUUUGUGCAUGACACAAGUAAUUUUUCCAACAAUUGUUUACAGACAGAUUAUUACACUUAUAAUUCACUGUAUCACAAUUCCAGUGGGUCAGAAGUUUACAUACACUAAGUUGACUGUGCCUUUUAAACAGCUUGGAAAAUUCCAGAAAAUGAUGUCAUGGCUUUAGAAGCUUCUGAUAGGCUAAUUGACAUCAUUUGAGUCAAUUGGAGGUGUACCUAUGGAUGUAUUUCAAGGCCUACCUUGAAACUCAGUGCCUCUUUGCUUGACAUCAUGGGAAAAGCAAAAUAAAUCAGCCAAGACCUCAGAAAACAAAUUGUAGACCUCCACACGUCUGAUUCAUCCUUGGGAGCAAUUUCCAAAUGCCUGAAGGUACCACGUUCAUCUGUACAAACAAUAGUACGCAAGUAUAAACACCAUGGGACCACGUAGCUGUCAUACCGCUCAGGAAGGAGACGCGUUCUGUCUCCUAGAGAUGAAUGUACUUUGGUGCGAAAAGUGCAAAUCAAUCCCGAACAACAGCAAAGGAUCUUGUGAAGAGGCUGGAGGAAACAGGUACAAAGGUUUUUUUAUUUUUUAUUUUUUUAUUUCACCUUUAUUUAACCAGGUAAGCCAGUUGAGAACAAGUUCUCAUUUACAACUGCGACCUGGCCAAGAUAAAGCAAAGCAGUGCGAUUAAAAACAACAACACAGAGUUACAUAUGGGGUAAAACAAAACAUAAAGUCAAAAAUACAACAGAAAAUAUAUAUAUACAGUGUGUGCAAAUGUAGCAAGUUAUGGAGGUAAGGCAAUAAAUAGGCUAUAGUGCAAAAUAAUUACAAUUAGUAUUAACACUGGAAUGAUAGAUGUGCAAGAGAUGAUGUGCAAAUAGAGAUACUGGGGUGCAAAUGAGCAAAAUAAAUAACAAUAUGGGGAUGAGGUAGUUGGGUGGGCUAAUUUCAGAUGGGCUGUGUACAGGUGCAGUGAUCGGUAAGGUGCUCUGACAACUGAUGCUUAAAGUUAGUGAGGGAGAUAAGAGUCUCCAGCUUCAGAGAUUUUUGCAAUUCGUUCCAGUCAUUGGCAGCAGAGAACUGGACGGAAUAGCGGCCAAAGGAGGUGUUGGCUUUGGGGAUGACCAGUGAGAUAUACUUGCUGGAGCGCAUACUACGGGUGGAUGUUGCUAUGGUGACCAAUGAGCUAAGAUAAGGCGGGAUUUGCCUAGCAGUGAUUUAUAGAUGGCCUGGAGCCAGUGGGUUUGGCGAUGAAUAUGUAGUAAGGACCAGCCAACAAGAGCGUACAGGUCACAGUGGUGGGUAGUAUAUGGGGCUUUGGUGACAAAACGGAUGGGACUGUGAUAGACUACAUCCAAUUUGCUGAGUAGAGUGUUGGAGGCUAUUUUGUAAAUGACAUCGCCGAAGUCAAGGAUCGGUAGGAUAGUCAGUUUUACGAGGGCAUGUUUGGCAGCAUGAGUGAAGGAGGCUUUGUUGCGAAAUAGGAAGCCAAUUCUAGAUUUAGCUUUGGAUUGGAGAUUCUUAAUGUGAGUCUGGAAGGAGAGUUUACAGUCUAACCAGACACCUAGGUAUUUGUAGUUGUCCACAUACUCUAGGUCAGACCUGUCGAGAGUAGUGAUUCUAGUCGGGUGGGCGGGUGCCAGCAGCGUUCGAUUGAAGAGCAUGCAUUUAGUUUUACUAGUGUUUAAGAGCAGUUGGAGGCUACUGAAGGAGUGUUGUAUGGCAUUGAAGCUCGGUAUCUAUAUCCACAGUAAAACGAGUCCUAUAUCGACAUAACCUGAAAGGCCGCUCAGCAAGGAAGAAGCCACUGCUCCAAAACCGCCAUAAAAAAGCCAGACUACGGUUUGCAACUGCACAUGGGGACAAAGAUCGUACUUUUUGGAGAAAUGUCCUCUGGUAUGAUGAAACAAAAAUAGAAAUGUUUGCCCAUAAUGACCAUUGUUAUGUUUGGAGGAAAAAGGGGGUUGCUUGCAAGCCGAAGAACACCAUCCCAACUGUGAAGCACGGGAGUGGCAGCAUCAUGCUGUGGGGUUGCUUUGCUGCAGGAAGGACUGGUGCACUUCACAAUAUAGAUGGCAUCAUGAGGAAGGAAAAUUAUGUGGCUAUAUUGAAGCAACAUCUCAAGACAUCAGUCAGGAAGUUAAAGCUUGGUCUCAAAUGGGUCUUCCAAAUGGACAAUGACCCCAAGCAUACUUCCAAAGUUGUGCCAAAAUGGCUUAAAAACAACAAAGUCAAGGUAUUGGAGUGGCCAUUACAAAACCCUGACCUCAAUCCUAUAGAAAAUGUGUGGGAAGAACUGAAAAAGCAUGUGCGAGCAAGGAGGCCUACAAACCUGACUCAGUUACACCAGCUCUGUCAGGAGGAAUGGGCCAAAAUUCCCCCAACUUAUUGUGGGAAGCUUGUGGAAGGCUACCCGAAACGUUUGACCCAAGUUAAACAAUUUAAAGGCAAUGCUACCAAAUACUAAUUGAGUGUAUGUGAACUUCUGACCCACUGGGAAUUUGAUGAAAGAAAUAAAAGCUUAAAUAAAUCAUUCUCUCUACUAUUAUUCUGACAUUUCACAUUCUUAAAAUAAAGUGGUGAUCCUAACUGACCUAAUACAGGGAAUUUUUGCUAGGAUUAAAUGUCAGGAAUUGUGAAAAACUGAGUUUAAAUGUAUUUGGCUAAGGUGUAUGUAAACUUCCAACUUUAUUUUUUAAUUUUUUUUAUUUAACCUUUAUUUAACUAGGCAUGUCAGUUAAGAACAAAUUAUUAUUUACAAUGACGGCCUACACCGGCCAAACCCGGACGACACUGGGCCAAUUGUGCGCCACCCUAUGGAACUCCCAAUCACGGCCGGUUGUGAUACAGCCUGGAAUCGAACCAGAGGGUCUGUAGUGACGCCUCAAACACUGAGAUGCAGUGCCUUAGACCGCUGCUCCACUCUGUACCUUGGAGCAUGUUUAAGGCCCAUUGGAGAGGCAUUGCUGUUUUCUCUUAUAUCAUUAUAUAUAUCAAUACGAAACUUUCCCAUAGAAGGAGUAUUUCACAAAAAAUACAAACUUUGCACAUUUCAUGGAUAUCUAGCAAGUAGUUUGCUUACUAUGGGCAUCAGAGACCUGACAAAUAUUUAAGUUUACUCAUAUAGAGGUAAGCUUUAGCAAUGUUCCUAGUUAUCCAUAGGAUAUAGUGUAUUUGUCAUUUUAGUGAACUAUUGCUUUAACAAAUAUAUGGUGAACAUGAAUUCAUGUACUUGAAAAUGUGGUUUGAAGAAAGGGUAUUCUCUUCAUUUAUAAAUGACUUUACUUUUCUAUGAAAUAACCUUUUUACUCAACCCAGAUCCACUUUUGAGAAAAACAAUGUUACAAUUACAACCCCCUCUCCUAAAAAAACACAUUUACAAAUGUCCCAGGAUUUUGAUACUCUGUACUAUUACCUUUAAGGGGAGAUCUAGACUCUUUGCAGACAGAACCUUAUAUAAUUCCAAGGUCAGAAUAUAUUUUAUAGGAUUUAAGGACUGGUUAUCUAGUGCUUUGUCUUAAAUUGUAUUUUUUGUUUCUUUGACCAGGAUUUGUGUAAUGUGGAAGAUCCCUGUGAUGAAUUUACCUCCAGACACAGCCUUGAAUGGAAGUUCCUGUACUUAGAUCACAGGUAAGAGGAGCUGAGAAACAUUCAUAUCUUGUCUUCCAUCUGUUAUCUGUCUUUAAUUGGAUAUGUUUCAUAGCCUGAUGGAAAGCUACACUAUCAUCGAUGCCCAUCAACUGACAUCCUCUGAGCUGCACAUCUUUAGCACUACAGGAACACAUAGAUUUAAGAGGACAACUGCUGUUCUCUCCUGUCCCUAUGUUGGCAUUUACAUGAUAUUGUUGUUUGUAAACUCUGUUAACUGGUGUGUCAUACUGCCCCGCUGUGUGUCCCUUGGUUACGUGCCAUCUGAUUGGUUUUGGGUGAUCAGUCUCAGUGAUCAGCAGACUGCUGCUAGUAGUGUGACUGACUGAUUGUGCUAGUUUCCACUGUGUGGCCAGGCCUCCUCACCCAGUAAGGCCUUUAAACCUGCUGCCCUGGAUAGUGAGCCACAAGAUUAGUCUGCAAUGCCAAGUGAUAAAGGCCCAGUGAGGCUCAGCCCAGACUGCUACAUUCUAUCAUUCAUGACACCAGCGCUGCAGUAUCAAAUCACAUCCAUUAACAUUUGUUUUUGCCACAUUUAUUCUAUUACAAACAUGUUACAUUUUACAUUUUAGUCAUUUAGCAGACGCUCUUAUCCAGAGCGACUUACAGUUAGUGAGUGCAUAAUUGUUUUUCAUACUGGUCCCCCGUGGGAAACGAACCCACAACCCUGGCGUUGCAAACGCCAUGCUCUACCAACUGAGCUACACGGGACUAUACGUUAAUGCAUACUUUUAAAUUAUAUUAUGUGAGCCAAACAUAAAAUAGAAAAUAAAAAAUAUAUUUAAACAUUUUCCUUAAAGUAUAACUUUUUUGAAAGUUCUAAUGUUACUGUCCCCACUACAACAACAAAAACACUUAAAUACAUGUAAUUUUGUCCCUGAAACAUUUAAUUGAAAUACUGUAUAAUUCCAUUCAUUCCUAUGGAGGACUGCUGCUUCUGAGGAGUGCCAAUAUGGCCGACAGGUGGCUUCAAAGCCUCUCAUUGGCCAAUACAUAGCAUCAGCAAUCCAGGGUUUAUAUAUUAUUGGGUAAAACCAGGGGAGGAAAUUGUACGUCCUGUCCUCUGCUGAACUAUAAUUGGACAUUCACAGCUUCUUGCCAAACUACUGUGCUCUGCGCUGGGUUACAAGAAUGGCUGCCUCCAUAAUGUGACCUGCAUGCCAUUCUGAAUUUGGAUUAUGGGGGCCUAGGCUAAGUGGAUUUAACUGAGCAUUGAUGAAUGAAAUGCAUCAAGUGAGCCAAAAUCAUGUCAUAAUCAUAGCUGUGAUUAUACCGCAUGAGAAACGUCACACUCGCUCAGCCCUAACCAAUUUAGAGGUGAUAUUCUGUCAAUGUGUCAUAUCAGUAUGCAUAAGAUGAGGUUCUAUUGCCCUGUGUGCUUGAGACAAUACAGACUUGUUAGGUUUAUUUAAUCGUAAUGUUUAUGUAUUUUUCAAUGUACUUGUCAAGGUAGUUAUGGAAUUAUCAAUCAAGUUAUACUCUCCAGGCUAUAAAAUGGUACAUUCCGACAAAAUAAAUACUGUAGUUAUUGUCCCUGUUUAACCAGUCUGUUGUUGUCAUAAAACAUAGUUGUUUAAUAUCUUGAUUAUUCUCUCUUUCCAGAGCUUCACCAAUCAUCGGCUACUUGCCCUUUGAAGUUCUUGGGACUUCUGGCUAUGAUUACUAUCAUGUGGAUGACUUGGAGCUAAUAGCGCAGUGUCAUAAGCAAUGUAAGCAACUCUCUCCACUUUCUACUCUCUCUCUUUCACCUCCCCCUCUCCUACCCUCUCUCGCCCUGCCUCACUACCACAGGAUCCAGGCAACCAUUUCACAAAAAUAGGUCAUCCCGCUGUAGUUACAUUUCUAUUUCCACUUCACCAAAGUGCAUAAAAAGCCUGGAACAAUGAGGCUGCUUAGAGUUUUUCACCCCUGCCCUGAUGUUUUAGGAUGACGCAAACAUCUCCUACCUUGUACACUGUGAACUAGGGCAGUGUGGUGUAGUGGUUUGUAUAUGCCUGACUGCUGAAAAUAUCCCUCUGUGUUGUGUUGUCUUCACAGUAAUGCAGUUUGGGAAGGGUAAAUCCUGCUACUAUCGGUUUCUGACCAAGGGUCAGCAGUGGAUCUGGCUCCAGACACACUACUACAUUACAUACCACCAGUGGAACUCCAAGCCAGAGUUCAUAGUGUGCACUCACACAGUCGUCAGGUAAACCUAAUUCCUCUGUCUCUCUCUGUCAUGUUUGGUACAGUAUACUCUGACGUCCCAUGAGGGUGAGAAAGUUAUCACCUCCCUAUAGUUCAUCAAGAUCAGUCUAGUGUAGAGCUAUUGAACCUUAUCUACUGCAUUAGGGGUCUGUGGUAUCUGUCUGUCAUUUGAUAUUGUAAAUUGAGGAUGAAUAUGAUGGGAAAGCUUGAUUUAUGGGCAGAUCAUUUGACAUUUGAUCUUUCUAUUGCACUCUUUCACGGACUUGUAGUUAUGCGGAGGUGCGAGCGGAGAGGAGGAGAGAGUUUGGCUUGGAGGAGACAUCACCUGAGAUGGCCACUUCAUCAUCCAUAAAGGUAUGAAGAAGAGACUCUGGGAUCAAAUAUAAAUAAUGAGUCAUAAAGAAUGUUACAAUAACAUACAGUAUUCAAAUUUCAUAAUGCAUAGCCAUUUUACCAAGUCGAGUUCCAAUUGUAGCAAUCAUGUACAGUAGUGCUUUACUUCCCACUCCUAUGUCAGUGUUCAGAACUGAAUGGGAUGGUGAAUUGCCAUGCAAAUACGGCGCUAUCCAGUGUCAGGCAUUGUUGUGUGAAUUCUGGGGUAAAAGCAGAUGUGUCCCAGAUCUUGUUAUUGGUUCUGUCAGUACUUAAUGCUCCUCUAUCCUGUGUGUUCGAGGCUCAGGAGGUGUACCUGGACAUCUGUCCCAUUCUGGACCCCCCUGGACUGGACAGGAUGAGCGGGGCACGCUCAGUGUCCUCCCACAGCUCCCGGAAGUCCUCCCACACGACCCUGUCUGACUCAGCAUGUGAGUCCCCCUGCUGCUCUCUUUGUCCAGAUAACCCAAAUACCCCAUACUGAAUCAGUCCGUUCCGACUUGAACCCUGUACCAUACAACACCACUCUCACCCUAAUCCAAACUCUGCACCACAACACACUUACUUAAUGUAUACUAUUUAUUUAGAUGGUUAAUUAUGAAGUAUGCUUAACCUUCUAUGGUACCUAUUGAUACAUUUUUCCCAGCAGCCAACUCGUCUUUGCGGUACACAGAUGCUUGCACACCAUCACGGCAGUCAGCAUCCAUCGCUGGGACAGAGGAGAAUUCGGCCAGACUCGCACCCAGUAGUGCAAAGGUCAGUUCACCUCAUUAUGAACUAGCCGGUGGAAAAACCAACAUUAGCCCGGCAGUAGCUUCCUGCUCAACUCCCUGUCUCUGUUUUUGUUGUCCUUCUCCUUGUAGACUUUGGGGCUAAACUCUUUUGACCUCCUUCCCCAACUGAGCAUCCCUCUUUCUCCUACCUGCAGCCAGCACUCCGCAAUGGUGGGUGUUUAGUCUUCCUCUCUCCUGUCUGUCACCUGCCUGCAACAAUUUCAAAGAUUUUACUCAGUUACUAUAGUUCCUACAAGGAAAUCCGUCAAUUGAAAUAAAUUCAGUAGGCCCUAAUCUAUGGAUUUCACAUGACUGGGAAUACAGAUAUGCAUCUGUUGGUCACAGAUACCUUGAAAAAAAGGUAGGGGUGUGGAUCAGAAAACCAGUCAGUAUCUGGUGUGACCACCAUUUGCCUCAUGCAGCGUGACAUCUCCUUCGCAUAGAGUUGAUCAGGCAGUUGAUUGUGGCCUGUGGAAUGUUGUCCCACUCCUCUUCAAUGGCUGUGCGAAGUUCUUGGAUAUUGGCGGGAACUGGAACACGCUAUCGUACACGUCGAUCCAGAGCAUCCCAAACAUGCUCAAUGGGUGACAUGUCUGGUGAGUAUGCAGGCCAUGGAAGAACUGGGACAUUUUCAGCUUCCAGGAAUUGUGUACAGAUCCUUGCAACAUGGGGCCUUGCAUUAUCAUGCUGAAACAUGAGGUGAUGGCGGCGGAUGAAUGGCAUGACAAUGGGCCUCAAGAUCUCGUCACGGUAUCUCUGUAUAUUCUAAUUGCCAUCGAUAAAAUGCAAUUGUGUUUGUUGUUCCGUAGCUUAUGCCUGCCCAUACCAUAACCCCACCGCCACCAUGGGGCACUCUGUUCACAAUGUUGACAUCAGCAAACCGCUUGCCCACACGAUGCCAUACACGUCUGCCAUCUCGGUUUCCUGUACAGUUGAAAUCUGUGAAGAGCACACGUCUCCAGCGUGCCAGUGGCCAUCGAAGGUGGGCCGAACUGCAGUCAGGUCAAGACCCUGGUGAGGACGACGAGUACGCAGACGAGCUUGCCUGAGACGGUUUCUGACAGUUUGUGCAGAAAUUCUUUGGUUGUGCAAACCCACAGUUUCAUCAGCUGUCCGGUUGGCUGGUCGCAGACGAUCCCGCAGGUGAAGAAGCCGGAUGUGGAGGUCCUGGGCUGGCGCGGUUACACGUGGUCUGCGGUUGUGAGGCCUAUUGGAUGUACUGCCAAAUUCUCUAAAACAACGUUGGAGGCGGCUUAUGGUAGAGAAAUGAACAUUCAGUUCUCUGGCAACAGCUCUGGUGGACAUUACUGUAGUCAGUAUGCUAAUUGCACACUCCCUCAAAACUUGAGACAUCUGUGGCAUUGUGUUGUGUGACAAAACUGCACAUUUCAGAGUGAGAUUUUAUUGUCCGCAGCACAAGGUGCACCUGUGUAAUGAUCAUGCUGUUUAAUCAGCUUCUUGAUAUGCCACACCUGUCAUGCAGAUGGAUUAUCUUGGCAAAGGAGAAAUGCUCAUUAACAGGGAUGUAAACAAAUUUGUGCACAACAUUUGAGAGAAAUAAGCUUUUUGUACUUUCUUUCAGCUCAUGAAACAUGGGACCAAUGCUUUAUAUGUUGCCUUUAUAUUUUUGUUCAGUGUAGAUGCAAAACUACUAUUCUCAAGUAUGUUGAAAUUGUCUCAAGAUGAUCACUCAUCUGAAAUGAGGCCAAGUAAAAGCAUAUCCUACAUCUGCAUGAUAUGGAAACAAAAAGAGCUGGAAGUGCUAAUCAAGCUAUAAUGAUUGUGAGAGUGAUUUCUGUGAUCCUUGAGUUAUCGAGUGCUGUAUUUCUGAACUACUGUAGAGCCCUCCUUGGCUCUGAAAAUGUGUGUGGGCAGCUUAAAAGGCUUUUGCCAGAGCAUGACCCAUGCAUGGUACUGGGGCGGCAGGUGGCUUAGUGGGUAAGAGCGUUGUGCCAGUAACCGAAAGGUCGCUGGUUCUAAUCCCCAAGCCGACUAGGUGAAAAAUCUGCCGAUGUGCCCUUGAGCAAGGCACUUAACCCUAAUUGCUUCUGUAAGUCGCUCUGGAUAAGAGCGUCUGCUAAAUGACUAAAAUGUAAAUGUAAAUGUAAAUGUACUGUGUUGUGAACCGCCUUUAUCAUGAUGGCUGUGUAUCCUAUUCUUCCAGUCGCAACAACAACAGAAGCCGCAGCAGCAACAGUCCAUGUACCAGCAGCAGCAGCCCCCUGAGCCUCAGCUAGGUGUCAUGCACCAGCUCAAGGAGCAGCUGGAGGAGAGGACACGCAUCCUGCAGAUGGACAUCAAGACUCAGCAACAGGAGCUGCAUGACAUCAAGGAGAAGCUGCAGCUGGCUAACCUCCAGGUAACCCUGCUUACCACUAGGCAGACGCCCUGCAUAAAACAAUCCCUAAACCUAAGCCAAAUGUCAUAAAGUGGAUACAGUAGCUAAUCCCUCCUGUGUGUGUGUGUGUGUGUAGAUGUUGUUACAGCAGCCGGUCCACAGUGACUUUGGUCAGGUCCAACAGCAGCAGCAGCAGCAGCAGCCUCAGCAGCAGGGUCCAGGGAGGCCAGCCCAGCAGCAGCAGCAGGGCCAGUCUGGGGUGAUCAGGCAGGCCUCGAGCCACUCCAAACAGCCUCUUCAUGGAGCCCAUGGCUCGUCCCCUCACUCUCUCCUCAGAGAGCAAGGCACACCCUCCCCUCAGGUACCCAAGUUCUCCCUCUGUACUUUUAUCCCAAUAGCUUUCAACAUUUACUUUGUAUAGAGUAAGCAGGGUAAUAUUCUGUUAAAAUAUACAAGGAAGUGGUUUUUGCAUGACUGUAGUCAACCUGGUGGUAGUUUCAGUGUUGUUGUUGCUUUAGGUGCAGCAGAGGUUGAUAAGGAGUGCAGGCGGGCAGAUGCAGGCGGUCAGUCUCCCGGUACAGACCCACACCAACCUGACCAUGCCCUUCUACAGCAACCCCAUGAUGUUCUCUCAGCAGACGAGCGCACGGCCACUGCAGGACGCAAACCAAAGACACUCAGACACUGAGUUUAGCCAAGAGGGACAGCUACGGUGAGCCCUACAGACAGUAAACCACUCAGUCUGAUUUCUUGUUGCAGAAUUAUUUUCAAGAACAUGUUGUCGAAAGUCUUGGUCAGUGUAACUCAGCCUUUAGUUUGGUCUGAAUUGAAGCAACUUGUAGCUCAGUACAUUUUGGGAAACAUUGACAUGGGAAGCUGUAUAUUAUCAAAACAAAGCUUUACGAGUUGAAGUUGAAAUCAUAUCUAUAUUGUAUGAAUUCCAAAUUAAAGAACACCUGCUUAACACCUGCUUACUCUAACCUUGAAAAGAAAGUAACUUGAUAUGAAAGGUUGAAAUUAAAUUUUGUUAGAAGAAAAAGGUUAGGGUUACAUUGGAGAGGUAAUAGUCUCCUAGAGUCACGAAACCUUUUGUCCGGUCCAUUGUACUAAUACUGUGUUUGGGAGAUAAAUAAAUAUAUCAAGGGUAGAAAAUAACAGCUUGUGCAGUCUGUCCCCAUGGCCCAGGAGGCUUUUUUUUUUUUUGAAAGGUUGGAGUAUUAGCUUUGAGAAUUACAUAGACUCUUCUUUUUGGCAGCAUGCUGCUCAACCAGCCAAUGCAGACCCUCGUACCUGAUAGCAGUGUUACCUCCCAGGCUUCCCAGUGCAACACAGCCAUCCAGCAAACCAAGUAAGUGUGUGUGUAUACAUUAUGUUGACUCUCUUUACACUGUUGUUUAUUUGACCUAUAUGUAGUACAUGCAGUGAAAUUUGGGAACAAUUAAUGCAUAUCCUUGAUAUGAACUGAACGUACUUAAAACACAUGAUAUACUAUUAUUUGCAAAGAAUCACACCAUACCCACAUUUUAGCACUACUGAUCAACAUACACUGAGUGUACAAAACAUUAGGAAUACCUUCCUAAUAUUGCGUUGCACCCCCUUUUGCCCUCAGAACAGCUCGUCGGGGCAUGGACAAUUCGUCAGGGCAUGGACUCUACAAGGGGGUAUUCCUAAUGUUUUGUACACUCAGUGUAUGUUGAUCAGUAGUGCUAAAAUGUGGGUAUGGUGUGAUUCUUUGCAAAUAAUAGGGAUGCUGGCCCAUGUUGACUCCAAUGCUUCCCAGUUGUGUCAAGUUGGCUGGAUGUCCUUUGGGUGGUGGACCAUUCUUGAUACACACGGGAAACUGUUGAGCGUAAAAAACCCAGCAGCGUUGCAGUUCUUGACACAUUCAAACCGGUGUGGCUUUCACCUACUUCCAUACCCCAUUCAAAGGCACUUAAAUAUUUUGUCUGGCCCAUCACCCUCUGGGUUCUAUUUUAACAAACCUAACGCAAUGGUAAAUCUAAGCGCAGGCGGUAGCGCUAUAGGUUCAUGGGUGUGUGAGAAUUAUUUUUGCUAUUUUUACUACUACAAUUAUCGGCGCAGUUGCUGACAUUGGCGUGAAAGUGCUGGGUUUUGAUGAAUAAACUAAUCAAAUCAAGGAACUUUGAAGCUCUCAACCUGUUCCACUACAUCCUCGUCGAUGAGAAUGGGGGCGUGCUCAGUCCUCUUUUUUUCCCUGUAGUCCACAAUCAUCUCCUUUGUCUUGAUCACAUUGAGGGAGAGGUUGUUAUCCUGGCACCACAUGGACAGGGCUCUGACCUCCUCCCUAUAGGCUGUCUCAACAUUGUCGGUGAUCAGGCCUACCACUGUUGUGUCGUCGGCAAACUUAAUUAUGGUGUUGGAGUCGUGCCUGGCCAUGCAGUCAUGGGUGAACAGGGAGUACAGGAGGGGACUGAGCACGCACCCCUGAGGGGCCCCUGUUGAGGAUCAGCGUGGCAGAUGUGUUGUUACCUACCCUUACCACCUGGGGGCGGCCCGUCAGGAAGUCCAGGAUCCAGUUGCAGAGGGAGGUGUUUAGUCCCAGGGUCCUUAGCUUAGUGAUGAGCUUUGAGGGCACUAUGGUGUUGAAUGCUGAGCUGUAGUCAAUUAAUAGCAUUCUCACGUAGGUGUUCCUCUUGUCCAGGUGGGAAAGGGCAGUGUGGAGUGCAAUAGAGAUUGCAUCAUCUAUGGAUCUGUUGGGGCGGUAUGCAAAUUGGAGUAGGUCUAGGGUUUCUGGGAUAAUGGUGUUGAUGUGAGCCAUGACCAGCCUUUCAAAGCACUUCAUGGCUACAGACGUCAGUGCUACGGGUCGGUAGUCAUUUAGGCAGGUUAUCAUAGUGUUCUUGGGCACAGGGACUAUGGUGGUCUGCUUGCAACAUGUUGGUAUUACAGACUCAGUUAGGGACAGGUUGAAAAUGUCAGUGAAGACACUUGCCAGUUGGUCAGCGCAUGCUCGGAGUACACGUCCUGGUAAUCCGUCUAAUCCGUCUUGUGAAUGUUGACCUGCUCAAAAGUCUUACUCACAUUGGCUACAGAGAGCUUGAUCACAUAGUCAUCCGGAACAGCUGAUGCUCUCAUGCAUGCUUCAGUGUUGCUUGCCUCGAAGCGAGCAUAGAAGUGAUUUAGCUCAUCUGGUAGGGUUGUGUCACUGGGCAGCUCGCGGCUGUGCUUCCCUUUGUAGUCUGUAAUAGUUUUCAAGCACUGCCACAUCCGACGAGCGUCAAAGCCGGUGUAGUACGAUUCAAUCUUAGUCCUGUAUUGACUCUUUGCCUGUUUGAUGGUUCGUCGGAGGGCAUAGCGGGAUUUCUUAUAAGCGUCCGGGUUAGAAUCCCGCUCCUUGAAAGCUCUACCCUUUAGCCCAGUGUGGAUGUUGCCUGUAAUCCAUGGCUUCUGGUUGGAGUAUGUACGUACGGUCACUGUGGGGACGACGUCAUCGAUGCACUUAUUGAUUAAGCCAGUGACUGAUGUGGUGUACUCCUCAAUGCUAUCGGAAGAAUCCCGGAACAUGUUCCAGUGUGUGCUAGCAACACAGUCCUGUAGCUUAGCAUCUGCGUCAUCUGACCACUUCCUUAUUAACCGAGUCACUGGUGCUUCCUGCUUUAGUUUUGGCUUAUAAGCAGGAAUCAGGAGGAUAGAGUUAUGGUCAGAUUUGCCAAAUGGAGGGCGAGGGAGAGCUUUGUAGGCAUCUCUGUGUGUGGAGUAAAGGUGGUCUAGAGUUUCUUCCCCUCUGGUUGCACAUUUAACAUGCUGGUAGAAAUUAGGUAGAACGGAUUUAAGUUUCCCUGCAUUAAAGUCCCCGGCCACUAGGAGCGCUGCCUCUGGAUGAGCGUUUUCCUGUUUACUUAUGGCCUUAUAUGGCUCAUUGAGUGCAAUCGUAGUGCCAGCAUCGGUUUGUGGUGGUAAAUAGACAGCUACGAAAAAUAUAGAUGAGAACUCUCUUGGUAAAUAGUGUGGUCUACAGCUUAUCAUAAGAUACUCUACCUCAGGCGAGCAAAACCUCGAGACCUCCUUAGUAUUAGAUUUUAUGCACCAGCUGUUGUUUACAAAUAUACACAGACCGCCACCCCUUGUCUUACCGGAGUCAGCCGUUCUAUCCUGCCGAUGUAGCGUAUAUCCCGCCAGCUGCAUGUUAUCCAUGUCGUCGUUCAGCCACGACUAGGUGAAACAUAAGAUAUUACAGUUUUUUAUGUCCCGUUGGUAGGAUAACCAACGGGACGUAAUCUUAGGUCGUCUAAUUUAUUUUCAAAUGUUUGAACAUAGGCUAAUAGGAUUGAUGGAAGAGGCAGUUUACUCGCUCGCCGUCGGAUCCUUACAAGGCACCCCGACCUACGUUCACGAUAUCUCUCUCUUUCUCAUGUGAUUGAUGGGGAUUUGGGCCUUGUCAGGUGUCUGUAGGAUAUCCUUCGCGUCUGACUCGUUGAAGAAAAAUCUUCGUCCAAUACGAUGUGAGUAAUCGCUGUCCUGAUAUCCAGAAGCUAUUUUUGGUCAUAAGAGACGGUGGCAGAAACAUUAUGUACAGAAUAAAUUACAAAUAACAAGUUGUGGGUGUGUCGAGGCUUGGCACCUCACUGGCCAAUCAGAACGUGCUCCAUGGCGAAAUAUGUGGUUGCUUCAAGUUGUGUAUUUACGGUUCAUUGAAUGAACUCCAAUUCCAAUGUUAGUCCAUUAUAGUUUGUUAAAUGUCUUACAGAAACGAAAUAACAAAAUGUAGACCUAUCUUUGCUAAAUACAUUAACUAGAACCCAUUUGCAGUCCACUUGUUCUAAGUAAUUGCAUGGCUUCAAUAGCAUUCACUCUGAUAUAGGGACUAGGCCUACUGUAAAUUGCAUUAUGGCUGAUCAUGGACAAGGCAAACGUUGUCAAUAAGCAAGAUUAAAUUAAUUAUUGAAAAGGCCUAAAAACGGCCUGCAGCACAAGAUUUCGCUUUACGCGGAUGAUGUCUUGCUCUACAUAUCCAACCCUGAGAAAUCCCUUCCUCCCAUCUUAGAUCAAUUGCUCAGUAUGGCCCCGUUUUCAGGUUAUAAGAUUAAUUUAACAAAUCCACUGUCUGCCCUCUCAAUAUUAUACUCACCAGUUCUAUGAAGACACUAUGCCCAUUCCAAUGGAAGACACAGGGGUUUCAAUACCUUGGGAUAUUCAUAACACCAGAUCUGAAAAGGCUUUUCAAAGAGAAUUAUCUUCCACUCCUGGAUCAAAUCAAGAACAACCUCCAAACCUGGAUCUCCCUCCCAAUUAGCUUAGUAGGAAGAAUUAAUGUAAUCCGUAUGAACAUCCUCCCUAGACUGAACUAUUUAUUUCAGAUGCUCCCAUGCUAUCUCCCAGCUUCCUUUUUCAAAACAAUUAACCAAAGCAUCACCAAAUUGAUAUGGGGCAAUAAAAAACCUAGGAUCAAGCUUUCCACUCUAUCGAAACCUGAAUCUAAGGGUGGUCUUGCCCUUCCCUCCCUUCAAUUGUACUACUGGUCUGCCCAAAUCCGCAACAUGCUAACAUGGAUCACAAACAGACAAGAGUCAACGUGGAGCCAGAUAGAAGCCCAAUCUUGUGGUUCAUUGCCACUAAGCUCAACUAUAUUCAUUGAUAACUUUAGUGAAGUGGGCAACAUAGCCAAAACAUUUGUGAUUUACAGUACCCUACGAGCGUGGAGGGACUGUAAGAAAUACUUGGGCAUCUCCUCCCAAAUAUGUUCUCACUCGCCUAUAGUAGGCAACCCAGACUUGCCAAAAGCCCUGAGAGAUGCCAACUUCAAUCUUUGGCAUACUCUAGGAAUCAGGACCUUUUCAGACCUAUUUCAUCAGAAGACCACUACACUGAAAUCCUUUCAAGAGCUCUGCAAUGAAUUCAAUGUGCCAAGAACCCAUUUUUUAAAAUAUCUACAAAUUAGACAUGUCAUCUCCUCAUUUACUUCCAAGAGGAGGUUUAGAACUCAGUUGAAUGAAGUUGAAACCCUUCUUGUCACAGCACAAUCCAUUAAAGGCAAAAUAUCCUAUAUCUAUAGACUCCUUUCUGAGAAAGGAGGAUCCUCCUUUACUCCUUUGAAAAUAAUAUGGGAAAAGGACCUUGGUCUGACUAUCAGUGAUGAGUUAUGGGCGGAGGUUUGCGACAGGGUAUACUGCUCCUCUACUAAUGUAAAAAUGAAAGAAUCUAAUUACAAAUUUUUGUACACAUUUUAUUACACUCCCCUGAGACUCCAUAAAAUGAAAACAGACAUUUCUCCUAAUUGUAAUAGAUGUACCUCUGAAAGUGGAACCUAUAUGCAUGUAUUUUGGAGCUGCAGAGAGAUUGCCAGAUUUUGGCAAUCUAUACAUACUGCUGCACAGAAAAUACUAGAUGUACAGUUUGAUAUGACCCCGUGUCUCUAUCUUCUUAAUGCCCAGCAGGACUUUGUUCCUGACAGAGAAAAUUUGCUCAUGACCAUUACAUACUUUGCUAAGAAAUGUAUUCUUCUAUUGUGGGCCUCUAAUACUUCUCCUACAUUUAAAAUGUGGAUUGACCAGAUUGUUGACUUUCUCCCUCUUGAAAAGCUCACUUAUGACCUCCACAAGAGACAGCCCAAGUUUGAUAGACUCUGGUCUCCACUACUCAACUAUAUUUCAAAUUGGACAGAGUGAAUGGGGGAAUCAGGGAGAUGGGCAGGUGCUGUAAAACCUAAAAACUAAUUAUUGGCUCGUCAUCUCAGCUAAGGCUGGAAAUAGCUAAUAAGAAAAGGCCUAAAAAUAGAAUUUAGGCAAAAAAUGAAAUUCGAAACAAAACGAAACAACAACUUGUUUUAAAUAGGCUAUGUCACACUUACAGGCAUCAUAAUUUCUCCCGUGGGCAUAUCAUAUUAAAACAACUCUGACUAUAGAGGGAUCUACGCACAUCAAAACUUUUCACAGUAGCUGGAUCCAAUAUAAAGAGAGAGGGAGAAUGUCCACUCACCUUUAUACAGCUCCCAAAUAUGUUUUAUGAACAUAAUCGGAACUAGUUUACAGAUCAGAUCGUAUUCACACAUCUCCAGGAGUUGCAUUGCAUGCACGCCACGGAGUUGUCACCAUAAAACCAGGAAGGUGAAUCAUUCUACUAAGUUUGGUUCUAAUAAAAUUAAAUGAAAAUCAAGCAAUCUUUAUUUAAAAUUUUUAUAACAACAAUAAAUACAUGUAAAAUGUAAUGAUAUCAUCAAAUCGCCUGGAUAAAGACUCAUUGCUGUUGAACCAGUCUUCGUUAUAGUACGCCUAGGGUCACAGGAAAAUAACUUCUAAAUACGAGGUUCAAUGGUACAGAGGUUCUCAUCGCUCGUUUCAUGAUGGCCAUGGACACGUAGCUUACAUCAUGGAGGGGGUUUUACGCACGUCCAAAACGGGACCUGCAUGGCUAAAAUAACGGGCCUCCCUACAAUGCAUAGAUAAAAAGGGAAUGUCAUCUCACUGUUUUACUCCUUUCAAACUUGAUGUUUUAAUAAAGCUUUGGUGAUUAAGAUUUAUUUCAAAGCAGUCUCAGGAUCCAAACCCUUUAUCAACAGUCUUGACUUUUUCGCAACUGCAUUGGGCAGGACAAAAUGUUUCUAAAUACUAAUUAUACAGGCACCAAAAGCAAAUUAGGCUACUCUUGUUCCAUGCGCAUAUGGGCAGUGUGUGUCACGACUGGAUAGGCUGCCUUUCCGCUGUCAAAAUUCAUGCCAUAACCAGCUUUUGGUUGGUCUUAAAUAUCCCUAUCAGCGCUGCCUAACAUUAGCACUUUGGAUUAUGUAUUUAAGGACACUUCAAAUAUUUCCAUCCUGCCCAUCUGAGCUCAAGCGAGCUGAUAUAAGACAGGUAAAUUACUGAACCUGGUGUUAGGGCGGAAAAUGCCAGUGCACCAGUUUUUACAUGACAAAAUUGCAAAUUAAUAUGCAUUUGACACUAGCGCCGCCUUAACGCCAGCUGAAAAUAGAGCCCUCUGAAUGGCACACAUACACAAACCAUGUCUCAAUUGUCUCAAGGCUUAAAAAUCCUUCUUUAACCUGUCUCCUUCCCUUUAUCUAUACUGAUUUGAAAUGGAUUUAACAAGUGACACCAAUAAGGGAUCAUAGCUUUCCCCUGAGUUCACCUGGUCACUCUGUCCUAAUGUUUUGUACACUCAGUUUAUUACAUAGUAAACAUAUUUGACCUGUUGAUUGCACCCAUCCCUUCCCAGAUACACCCUGGAGCAGCAGAUGAUGACCCCAUCGUUCCCCAUGCAGCAGGUGAACUGCAACGCUGUCCUGGUCCCCUCUCCCGUCUUCACGUCCUCCAUCAUGAUCCCUCACAACAGCUUUAUCACGCACCAGGCCCAGCCCGCCUACCAUGCUCAGCAGCAGGCCUGCCAGCACUCUCUGCAGCUGCAGCAGCCCCAGCAGUUCUUUCAGGUACAGUAGUAGUCCUACUACUUGCAGUAGUGUGAUAGCAGGCCUUGGGCUGGGGGGGUUUGGCUCACUCUGUACAACUAGUAUCACCUCACUUAUGCCCUAAUCCCUUUCUGUUGAUAGAUGCAGCCCCAAGGACUCUUACACAGUGGAACCACUCAGGCUUUCUUCCACACCACUAAUGUCCCACAGCAAGGUACUGUGGGUUAUAUUCAACAACAACCGCAGCAGCAACAACAACCACAACAACAGCAGCAACAACGGCAACACCAAUAUUCCCAAAACCAGACUGGCAGCCUUUCAGACUUCCGAAAUAUGCUCACUCAGUAGCACCGAAGACACAAACAGAGUGGUGAGAUAUUCCCUGAAACGUAUUGUCACAGGUUCGGGGGCAGAAUUCUAUGGGAUGCAUAGAAGACACAGAGAGGCAUAUUUGGUACCAUGCUGUGCUGUGUUCUUCACUGUUUAA